UUAUCAGUGUCGAGAUCGCAAUGUUGGAGGGUAAUAUUUACAUUAACAACGUCAGCAGGUGUGCUACGAUUCGCUUAAGCGCAUUGUUUGGUUGAUCGUUUAUCUUUGACAGUCGUCGUUUGGCCAAUUGUGCCACAGACGUACAUGUAAAUUGAAUCGAUUGGAAUUGAGCUUUAGAGCUAUUCAGGAAAUGUACUGAAUUUUCAUUUUGACUUAACGAAGCGUUAGGCCAACUAGGGGAUCAUAUUUAAAAUCGCUAAGACAUUUUUCUUUACCCUCUCAAUGGGGAUGUGCAGGAAAUUCAAUAAAGGUAAGCUGUCUCUGUCAUAUUUUGCAGCAUUUCUAGUAUGUGUAUUCCUGCUAUUCACCGAAAAUGAUUCUAAGAUAAGGCAAAUAUCUCCAAACUCUAAUGCAAUGUUUGUACCAAAUCAUUUCAACAAAACUUAUAGAAUUGGAGUUUUGAUAAUGUGUAACUACAAAGACAACAGGGACUCAUUAUCAUUGAUGGCUACACAAUUAUUAGAACAAAACAUUCCAUCUAUCUAUAGGACAGUGGAAAAUGGUCAUAUAUACAAUAUAUACGUCGGUGUUACUGAAAGUGUACGAGAACAGGUUUCGUCUCAAUAUAAUGAUUUAUUUGUUAUGUCGUUAGAUAAUAACACCUUUUCAGACGGAAUUAAUUCACUCGCUACGAAAGCACUCAGCGAUCAGAUUGAAUAUUUUGCACUGUCAAGUUUUAGUGCAGAGUUCAAUCUAAAUACUUGGACGUCGCAGGCGAUAUAUUCAUUAAAAGGACACUGCCCAUCAGAUGUUGGUGUUGUUCUUCAGUAUUGUUGCAAUACAAAUACAAUAGCAAUAGUUCAUAGAACACAUUUUAAUUUAUUUGGUAAUUUGUUACCACCGAAGCUGAAUAUUACUGACUCAAUAGCAUGGCUUCGGAGAAUGUAUUUCUCAAAUCAUCUAUCUACAUUACCUGUCAACACAGAGCCGUACAAUGCUAAUCUGUUAAAAAGAGCAAUUCAUGAAUAUGAACGCAAGGAUAUAAGCUUAAAGAACAGCUUACAAUCUGAUAAAACACUUUGUGUAAUUUCAUAUUCGCUAUACGGUUCGGAUCCCCGAUACAUUGCCGGCGCUUUACAGAAUUCAUAUCUACUAACAAUAGUAUACCCUGGAUGGCAUUUAUGGAUAUAUCACGACAACAGCGUACCCCAAUCGAUUCUGGAUACAAUUUGUAAUCAGUCUAGGACUAAGUGCAUCAAUAUGUCAUCGAGUGCGAUUAUAAACAAGAGGUCUUGGAGGUUUCUUGUUGCAUCUGAAAGAAACGUUUCUCGUUAUAUCAUACGAGAUAUUGAUUCAAGACUUAGUUUUCGCGAGAAAGUGGCAGUUAACGAAUGGAUAUAUUCAGGCCGAAAGUUACAUACCAUGCGAGAUCACCCUAACCAGAACUAUUUCAUAAACGCCGGUAUGUGGGGUGGAAUGAGUGAAACAUAUCCAAAUAUGGAACAUGCUCUGUUUGCAAAUUAUUUGACAGACGAAUAUACAAGCGAUUCAGAUUUCCUUACUCAUGUAGUUUGGCCGGCUGUAAAACACUCCGUCAUGCAACACGACUCAGUGCUUUGUAUUAAAUUUGGAGGAGUGCAUUUUCCUACUUCUCGCAUUGGAUAUGAACACGUUGGAAGUGUAUACAUCAAUGGAACACAGAGACAAAAUGAUAUCAUUGCAUUAAAACUGUUUAAAGUUCAUUAUAAAUGCAAUACGUAGUGAUGUAAAUUAUUUUAAAGAAAAUAAUUACAAUGAUUUAAGAAUUAUUCAUAGGUAUCAUUGUCAAGAACCAAAACUUGUUAAAAUGAAAGCAGCAAAGCGUCGCCAAUGACAUGAAGUGUGCAGGAUGUGACUGUAUUUUACAUUAAAAACCAUAUCGCUUUUCACCUGAUAGCUAUCAAAAAUGCCCUCUAUGUAGUUGUAAGUAGACGAGCAUAAAGUAUCUUCCUUUUCAUUGAGCAUGAUAAUGUUGUAAGAUAGAAUUUGCUUUGGAUAAUGUGCGAUCUCCGGUUGAUAAAUAAAUAUAUGAAGACUAUAUUGGAAAUACUUUCCAUUAGAUAGAACACUAUCAUUAAAUAUUUUUGUGUAUCUGAGAAUAAUCUUUGCUGCUAUUUGUUAGGUGUUUUCAAAGUAGUAGAAUUCAUUUUAUGUGUGAUUGAAUUCAUGUACAGUUAAAUACAAAGAAUGUGAUUGGUAUUCAUGUUUAUAAGAAUAACGUUUGUAGUGUUAUCUUCUAAAUCAAUCAAAUAAUAAAGGCUGUAAGGAAGGUA